AUGAUGGCUAUAGCGGGUGAAAUUCAGGGGCAGGAAAACCUGUCAGAUGAGCAAGAGCAAGAGAUAGCGAAUAUGAUUCUGAAACGAGCAGAAUUGGCUCAAAUGACACGUCAAUUGAAGGUGAAUCUAAGUAAAGUCCCCAGUCCAAAUGUUUCACACGAUAGUAACUGCAAAGUGACUAGAAAGAGGAAAUCAAAAACAGGUGGUGAUAGAGAAAUUGAAGAGGCCAUCAGCAAAGUCUCACCAAAGAAAAACCGCGUUAAAAACGAUGCUGACAUCAAGGAUAAAGGUAAUCAAGAUGAUAUACAUCUAUCUCCUGUAAAAGCAUAUCGUAGACCAGGAACACCGCCCCCUGGCCCACCUGCCUCAUCGUCUUCUUCGCUGAGAAGUGAUGGCGACCUUUUGGGGAAAUCAGAAGAUAUACCAACGACGCCUAAGCCAAAUAAGAGUCAAAAUAUCCCACCGGUAAUAGUAUCAGGUGUCACUAGCGUAAAGGACAAGGAUAACAAGCAUGCACAUCUUGAUCACGGAAUGAAACAAGUCAUGCGGACGCCGAGACGACUCAGCAAUCAUACAAGAACGGGUUCUGAGAACGAUGUUGCAGUAGAUCUACUUAUGUAUCUCGCAACAAGUCCCUACACAUCUUCUUCUAGUCUCAGGGGUUCCAGACACGGUGCCCAUGAGAUGUCGCACAUACCAACAACACCAAUGGCAUACGGCAAUGGCAAUGCCGGGAGUGAUGACGAGGAUGAGGCGAUAAGAUUCUCUCACCUAAAACCCAGCAUCUCAAGCCCACAAAGCACCUUCAAAGUGCCAAUGCAUGUGGUACACAACAGCAUUCCAUCAUCCGCGUCGCACUCAGAGCUACUCAUGGAAUCCCCGUCGUUAUACAUGGUGGCAGCUUCGCCUUCACCACAAAAGAGGAUAUAUGUGAACUUAAGUUCUCACGAAUCGCAUUCUAAUUCGGCGUCUUCGGGUCUUCUUCCGCACGUCCCCAGUACACCGUCGAGAGAGCUCAGAACUUCUGCAUCGCAUUUACUAAGGACACCAAACUUCAACAUGGGCGACUACGUGCAUAAUCUAUUCAGUCCUUCGCCAAGAGGUAAUACCAUCACUAGUGCUGGAAAUGCAUCGUCCACAUCACAGAACAAUCCCGCCGAAUCAACAGGAACUAACAAGUAG